GAUAUAUACGUGUUUCUUUGUGUGUAUCCCCUCUACCUAUUCUUUGAAGUCGUGUCUUUCGGUAUCACUAUUUUAACGUAUACGCCAUAUUUAUUUGUUUCAUUCGUCCUGUAAACACGUGCAAUGGCUCCAAAACGCAAGAAAGUCUGUAUUCCACUUGAAACAAAGCUUCGAGCUCUUAAACGCAUUGAUAGAGGGGAGUGUCAUAAAAAGGUUGCUGCCAAGUUUGGUGUUGGGCGAGUCACCGUUGGUGAUUGGAUACGCAAUCGUGCGAAAUUGAUGGCGUGGAAGGAGAAAACAAAAUCAUCUAAUGAACGUAAAGCAAUGAAGUUUACAGAACAUACAAAAGUGGAAGAAGCAUUAUUUUUAUGGUUUGUGCAACAAAGAGAAAAAGGUGCUCCAAUUUCAGGAUCAAUAUUACAGGCAAAAGCUUUGUCAUUAUAUUCGCAUUUCCUAGACGAAGCUGAGAAAGAAGAAUGUUUUGUAGCCAGCAAUGGCUGGCUUGAUAGAUGGAAAAAGAGAUAUGGUAUACGACUUAUGCAAUUUAAUACUCGUGGAGAAAAAUUCUUUGAAGACGAUGACGUUGUGAACGUUUUCAAAGAAAAGUUCAAAAAAACAAUCAAACGAGGAGGUUAUUCUUUGGAACAGAUUUAUAAUUGUGACGAAAUAAGUUUGAAUUACAAAAUGUUACCUAAUAAAAUCUUGGCAUGGCAUGAAGAAUCAUUAGUUCCGAGUAACAAUCGAAACAAAGAAAAAAUAACCAUAUUAGCAUGUAGUAAUGUCUCUGGGAAUCAUAAGUUACGUCUUACGGUCAUUGGAAAAUAUGCAAAUCCUCGGGCAUUAAAAAAUCUAACAACUUCAACAAUGCCGGUUUACUAUAAGAAUCAGAAAAAUGUAUGGAUGGACACUACGAUCUUCAAAUGGUGGUUCCAUAAACAAUUUGUACCCAAGGUUGAGAAACAUUUGAAGAAGAUGAAACUUCCAAGAAAGGCCAUUUUGUUUAUCGAUAAUGCACCUGCACAUCCAAACGCAGCUAUGCUAUAUGAUGGCGAUAUCAUUGUAAAAUUCUUUCCAACUAAUGUGCAGGCAUCAUUGAUCCAGCCCAUGGAACAAGGUGUUUUCGAACAUUUAAAACGGCUAUACCGAUUUCAUCUCUUAACAUUUCUUUUAGAGGCAAGUGAAAGCGGUCAAAAAUUGACCGAUAGUCUAGAGAAAGUCAAUUUAAAGAAAGUGGUGUUUUGGGUAGCUCAAUCAUGGAAGGAGAUAAAAUCAGAAAUUUUGAAAAAGUCAUGGAAUAAGCUUUUCAAUUUUUCUGAGAAAGAAAAAGAUUUGGAAAAUAUUGACUUACCUAAACAAAAAGAGGAAUUACGAAAUAAAUUAUUUGAAAUGGCAAAGUCCCUCCUUGGACCGGAACAAGUUAUGGAAACAAAUAUUGAAGAAUGGAUAACAGGUGAUGACAGAGAAUUAGAUUAUACGGAUGCAGAGAUAGUGGCCCUUGUCGAACAAAAGUCUUCAGAAGAAUCAUCGUCAGAAUCUGAUGAAGAAGUAGUUGAGCCGAUUGAGCGGAAAAUUUCUCACUCAGAUGCUGUGUCCGCUCUUAAAAUUGUACUGGCAUACGUAGAACAAGAAGAGGCCACAUCACCCGAUGUGUGUACGUUGAAAAAAUGGCGAGAUAUUGCAGCGAAAAACAGAUCAGCAGCACUCCGAGAAACUAAAAGAUCUAAAUAG